AUUGUCAAGCCAAGUAACGGUUGUUCACUGCCAUUCAGUCAAAUUCGAAUCGUUAUAGCGAACAGAACAGAUCUAGAAAUGGCACAGCCGAAAGUUUUGCCUCAAUAUAUAGCCGGACUAUCGGCUGCGUUUGGCGCCUUCUGUAUGGGCGCCAGCAUGGGCUGGUCAUCGCCCGUGGAGAAACUAUUGACGGAAAAAAAUGCAUACGGGUUCCCAAUAUCCGGCGAUCAAUUCGGUUGGAUCUCUUCACUCCUAACCCUGGGCGCCACCGUCGUAUGCAUUCCAGUCGGCUUUGUCAUCGACAUGAUCGGCCGCAGGCCAACCAUGUUGGCUCUGAUACCACCGUACAUGGUUGGCUGGUUCCUGAUGCUGUUUGCCAACAGUGUGAUAAUGCUGUACUUUGGCCGUUUCAUCUUGGGUUUUUGCGGCGGCGCAUUCUGCGUCUGCGCCUCAAUGUACAGCACGGAAAUCUCGACGGUUUCCACGCGCGGAACUCUCGGCAGUUUCUUUCAACUGAAUACCGUGUCGGGCAUGCUGUACGGCUAUAUUAUCGGUGGCUAUUGUUCGUUGCUGACCACCAAUAUACUGUGCGCCAUAUUGCCCCUAAUCUUUGCUGCCGUGCAUUACUUUAUGCCCGAGUCUCCGGUGUACUUUGCCAUGAAGGGACGCGAGGACGAUGCCAUCAAGUCUCUGCUUUGGCUGCGUGGCGCCGACUGCGAUAUUCGCAAUGAGCUCAACGAAAUUCUGGAGGAGACCAACAAGAGCACGGAUGAACCCAAGGUCAGCAUCUGGGUCGCUCUGCGGCGACCCAUUACGCUCAAGGGCAUCUCCAUUGCCGUAAUGCUGCAGACCCUGCAGCAGUGGACAGGCAUCAAUGCCAUCAUGUUCUAUUCCACGUCCAUUUUCGAGGAUGUUGGUGCUUCGCUGACGGGACGCGUGUGCACCAUUCUGAUUGGAGCCACGCAGGUGAUAAUGACCCUGGUGGCGGCGAUGAUCAUCGACAAGGCUGGCCGACGGAUGCUGCUGCUAAUCUCUGCCUUCUUCAUGGCCAUCACCACCUGCCUGAUGGGCGUCUAUUUCCAAAUGCGAGACAACGACCCGAGCUCAGUGACAUCCAUCGGCUGGCUGCCCAUCACCAGCAUUCUCGUCUUCAUCGUCUUCUUCUCCAUUGGCUUCGGUCCGGGCCCCUGGCUCGUCAUGGCCGAGCUCUUCACUGAGGAUGUGAAGAGCGUGGCCGGCUCCAUUGCCGGCACCAGCAACUGGUUCUCCGCUUUUCUGGUCACUAAACUCUUUCCCGUAUUGAAGGACAGCAUUGGAUCGGGACCCACAUUUUGGAUAUUCUGCGGCAUCGCUGUCUUCGGCUUUGUCUACAUCUUGAUCUUUGUGCCAGAGACCAAGGGCAAAACUAUUAACGAAAUUCAACUCAUUCUAUCAGGCAGCAAGAAAACCAUCGACUCUGAGACGAACAACGACUCGCAGAAGAUCAAGAAUUAAAACUAGGGUUAUCCUUGCCCACAUUUACAUAUUAUAUGUCUAGG